GACAUUGACAGACAUUUGACGUUGAAAUUUAGACAUUACAACAUGAUCAAAAUAAAGUAGUAAACGACUGUUAGUUUAUCGAAAAUAGUGCAUAAUUUUUACUACAAACACAUAAUUAGUAAUGGCGAAUCUUAGUUCUACAAAUAUACCCGGAUCUGCGAACUCCGAAGACGAUGAACCAACCCUACCUCGAGCUAGCAUUAACAAAAUGAUAAAGGAACUCGUCCCCUCAGUUAGGAUAGCAAACGAAGCCAGAGAAUUAAUAUUAAAUUGCUGCACUGAAUUUAUACAUUUGCUCAGUUCGGAAGCCAACGAAAUAUGCAAUCAAUUAAACAAAAAAACCAUUAACGCCGAACACGUUCUAGCAGCUUUGGAUAAAUUAGGAUUCAACGAUUACACGGCGGAAGCCGAAGCCGUGCUGAAAGACUGCAAGGCCGUGGCCGCGAAGCGUCGAAGGCAGAGCACCCGCUUGGAGAACCUCGGCAUUCCCGAGGAGGAGUUGCUCAGGCAACAGCAGGAGCUCUUCGCCAAGGCCAGGCAGGAGCAGGCCCAGGCGGACCAACAGCAGUGGGAGCAACUGCAGGCGGCCGUUGCCAAGCAGGCGCAGCAGCAACAACAACAGCAAGGCCUCGAGGAUCUCGACGAUUAUUCGUAGAUAAUUGUUGUUAGAGUAUGAUGAACUUUAAUAAUUAUUGUCGAGAUUCGCGAGAGGAUAAGGAUGUGUUUUGUAAAUUUUAUCGAUGGAUGGUGAGGAUUAGUUUCUCUAAUGCAAGAUUGUUUGCGCUAGAGAAAAUAAGUAGGUAAAUUAAUUUAUAAUUGUAAUUAUAAACUUUAUUUUUCAGUACAAU